AUGGCAACUAAAGGAAAUUUACAACGUAGACAAGCUCAGCAGCAAGCACAUAAAGCGCAGGCCCAGAAGCAGGGAUACAAGCUUCCUGAUUUUUUGGUAUUUUUUAUGUAGCUAGAUGAUUUAAGAGCUGCAGUUGCCUUAUAUGAAACUGAGGACCAGCCUGGAGUAAUUCAAAUGAAUCAUGUAAGAGGGAUUUUAUGAAAUUUUGGCUUUUGGCGUAUGACCAGCAAGGACUUCGAGAAAGAGCUGCAAAGCCAUGAUAUUGACCCUAGGAGAACUUAUUUAGAAUGGAACGAGCUUCUCAAUAGGCACCCUAUGAGGUAAAUAAAAAUAAAUUUUGUUCCUAUAAUUUAUUUUAUAAAAAUUUACUAUAAUUUAUCUCAUAGAGAAAUUAAUAUUUACCCCUUCUCAAUAUCGUAACAAGGAGAUACCACCAAGGUGGCAGAGAACAAGAAAUAAAGGACACUUUUAAAAUUUUUGAUAAAAGAGAAAAAGGGUACGCAAACGUCUCUGACAUCAGGGCAGCUUUGCAAAGUAAAUUAGAAGUUCCAGUGACGGAGCAUGAAGUAAACGAGAUGUUUGAAAUGGCAGGGAUUGACCCAAAUAACCCAAUUAUGCUGAAUGAUUUUAUGAAUGUGAUGAAAAGCUUUUAA